AUGGCUGCAGCAGUGAGUGCACCUGAGGAGGCUGGCCACUCCAGCGCCGGGUGCGUGGGCGCGUCCUUUGCCGGCGAGAAGCUCGGGAAUUCGUACGAAUCUGAGACAUACUACUCGCAGAGUGAGGCGCGCUCUUCGCGUCCCUCCAUCUGCGCCUCCGACCGCGUCUCCGCAGGACCCCAAAACCGAGCGACUCCCAUCUACUCAGCUGCUUACCUCCCCGGGAGUGUCCCCACUGGCCUUCGCGGCAACGAGCGCACACCGGAAACGUGCCCACCAGAAGAAGGGAAAACCGGAUUCCAGAGCGUCUCUGUCGUCGCCUUCGAAAUGGCGGAUAAGCUCGCAUCAAACAUCUACGAAUUGCCGCACCAACUGCGCGAGGGAGCGAACGUGAUUCAGGAGCGCACGCACUCCACCGCUCUUCACAUUGUGCACCGGUUCGGAGUCGAGGCUCUCGUUCUCGUGGCCUACAGCUUCCUCGGCAUCGCAACGAUGAUUGGGGUGACCUCUGCUGUUCAUUCCAAGGGGUACUUUCGGGGCAUUCCCCACGGUUUCCUCAGCUGGAACUCGUUCUUCGCCAAGAGCCUCGUGACCGGUGUCUUCUACGGUGUCUUCUCCCGCUUCCUCCGCUACAGCUUCUCGUAUUGGGAAAAGCGAAUUGAGGCGCACUACGAGGCUGGGUCGUCCCCGGAGGUCAUCGACAACAUGCGGCAAAUCUUCUCCUUCCUGCUCUCUCUCGGCGGACUGGAGGCGUGCACCUGCCUGUUUGUCGUCCAGCUCUUUGGGUCAUUCAGCUUCUGCGCCUUCCUCCUCGUCGUCCCCAUAGCCACGCUGCUGCGAACCGUCGCGCGCGCCCUCCUGGUCGACUACGCCCGCAGUGACGGCCUCGCCUUGCCGUCUCUCUCGGCGUUGUACAACCGGAGCCUCGCGGGCGACGCCGGCGCAACAGAGUCAGAGACCCCGGAAGACCGCAGACACAGCGUCUUGACGCAGGCCGUGCUGACCAUGCUCGACGGCCCGCAGAGCUUCUUCGGUCCUUGCGAACUCUAUUCCGACAGCGAAGAACGCGCUUCUCUCGAUGCCGGGGCGGCGUCGCUUCGCUCUUCGCUGCUGGCUCCGACGGGGAAUGACGAGUCGGAGGUGUAUUCUUCCUCGCGAGUUGCUGGCUUCGUGAGCACCCUGCGCGCGGUCUUCUUCGGCGUCUGUCAGACGGCCUGCCACGCAGUCGACGGCUUCUUGACCUUUGAGCUGUGCGCCGUGCUGUCGCUCCUGCUGUUCCAGUUCAGCUUGGCGCGAUUCUUUUUCCAGAACGCGCUCUUCUUCGCCGUCGCAUGCGUGGUUGCCACGCGCGCAGCCUCAGUAAUCGACUGGUUCUUGCCGAGCUGGGGCGCUAUCCAGGUGGGUCGCAGCGCGUCGCGCAGCUCUUUUCUGGGCGACGCGGAAGGCGAGCUGGGCGCGAUGGAGCGAGGCCUCGCCGCAGGUAACGCAGGCGCGGAGACCGUGAAGAACGGGGGAGAGCCGCUCUCCAUCUCGCCCGCCACUACGAAGACCGCCGGAGCCGAGGACCGGGAGGCGUCCUUUGCGUCUUACUACCCGAUCCCUGCGGGAAAUAGCGGGGGCUCUGGAGCAGAAGGUGAAGACGCCUUUGCAGACGCGCAGCAUGCUGCCCACGAGACGGAAGCGGAGGCCCGCAGUCAGGAGAGAUUCUUCUACCGAGAGGUUGUGGAAGGCGAGAAGGACAGCGCGUUUGAGAACGGAGCCAGCGAAGAAGAGGAAGAAGAGGAAGAGGAAGAAGAGGCGGAGGGCGACGCGAGCAAACUGGGAGCGGAGCAUGCAGUCGACGAGGCAGAGACCGGCGUGGCGUCUUCGUGGCUCUCGAUGCUAGUUAACGCCGCAAAGCCGAGAGACGAGGAGGACGAGGAAGACGAGGAGGAAGACGAGGAGGGAGACAGCGCGUCCCAUUCCUCAGACAACACAUACAGGGAAGAAGCCAUUUCUUCGUACUACAGAUGA